CUGGAUGCUGGAAGUUCACAUCCCGUCGGUGGGGCCCGAGGCCGAGGGGCCCGGGCAGAGUUCUGAGAAAGGCCGCAUGGUGUUCCGAGUGGAGGUGCUGUGCCGCGGGCGCAGACACACGGUGCAGAGGCGCUACAGCGAGUUCCACGCGCUGCACAAGCGGAUCAAGAAACUGUACAAAGUGCCCGACUUCCCAUCCAAACGCCUGCCCAAUUGGAGAACCAGAGGAUUGGAACAGAGGAGGCAGGGCUUGGAGGCCUAUAUCCAGGGUGUCCUAUACAUGAACCAGGAUGUGCCUAAGGAGCUGCUGGAAUUCUUGAAUCUUCGUCACUUCCCCUCAGACCCCAAGGCCAGCAGCUGGUGCCCCCUGGGGGAGUUCCUGCCUAGCGACAGCAGCUCUCACCUGCAACAUAGGCCUGUCAUCAGUUUCUGCAUGGAUCCCUACAUUUGCACCCCUUCUCAAGAGCUUCUGCCCAACAUGGUGGUAAACGGCGUGCUCCAAGGCCUCUACAGCUUUAGCACCUGCCCAGCUCAAGUCCAGCCACAGACUCCCUAUCACACUGUUUCUUUGCCACCAAUACCUUGA